AUGACGACCGCUGCACGUCCAACGUUUGAUCCCGCACGCGGCGGUAGUGGCCGUGGUGAGAAGGAUCUGAGUGCCCUCUCCAAACAAUAUAGCAGUCGCGAUUUGCCAGGCCACACGAAGCUAAAGUACCGCGACCAAGGACAGAGCACCAGCGAAGAGCUGCGCAACCGGGACUUCCGCGAGGAACUGGAAAAGCGUGAACGGGAUAGCAAACAAGGCAAGGGAUCGGCGGUUCCGACGGCACGCCGCGCUUUAGAACAAGGUUCGGGCAAUGUGAGUGGCAACACCAAGCGACAGAAGCUGGAGGUACCACAAAACCUCGACGCAGAUGAUCCAGUGGACAGCGAAAACUCCGACACGGAUUCGGACGAGGACGAUACGGCGGCACUGUUGGCCGAGUUGAACAAAAUCAAGCAAGAGCGUGCGGCUGAGACGGCAAAAAAGGAACGAAGCAAACAGCAGGAAGAGGAACGAAUCCGGAUGGAAAACAUAUUGUCGGGAAAUCCACUGUUGAACUACUCUGCCACCGCCAAAGCAGAAAUGAAAGUGAAACGGCGUUGGGAUGAUGAUGUCGUGUUUAAAAAUUGUGCCCGUUCUGAGCCGGAAAAGAAGUCGAACCAGUUCGUAAAUGAUUCUUUGCGUUCGGAUUUCCACAAGAAGUUUAUGGAUAAAUAUAUUAAGUAA